CAACCAACCAACCAACCAACCAACCAACCAACCAGUCAAGCACAAUUUAACGAAUCUUUUUAUUCAUCACGCUAUACCGACCUCUCACGAUUUCUGGCUAUUUUUUGGGAGACGAAAAGAGGAGGAAAAUGACAUGAAUCUCGGGUUUGAUUCAGAUCAAUGAGGAGGAGGAUGGUUUGGGUUCUCUCUAUUUGGAAAGCCAAAAUUACGCGCUAUAUAUCCCCAUCUGUUCCGGUUUUUGGUUUUUGGGGCGCGAUAUUUUCGUUUUUUUCUCACGCUUUUCGCUUAUGGGAAAAACUCUGGGUUUUGGCUUUGUUUUUUUCUGAUGCGCCACGGAAUGUCUCCCUUUUUUAUUAUAUAUUUUUUUCACGACGACAUGCCUUCUUUUGGGGGUUCUUAUUUCAGGGACCUUUCUCUUGGGAUUGGGAGGGUGGUGGACUUGGAAAAGAAGGCUGUUUUCGAGUCAAUGGAUGGAAAUAUUGGGGCUUGAGAUUCGAUUUAGAUUUGGAUUUGGACGAGGACUUGAAUCCGGGAUGUGGGAUCUCGACUCGGCCCAAGAAACCUAGUCAUCAAGGUCAAGGAAAACAAAUAAGGAAAGGGGGCGAAGGGUACAACUUCAAAAGAGAGGAUCAGGGAGGGCAGGGCGGGCAACAAAAAAGCACACAAAAUACGAGGUACACGAGGGCGACCUCGGGGCGGCUUACGGGCGAACAUGGUAACGAAGGGUAUGGUUUCUUUUUCUAUGUAUACACGCACAUGACGGCCCUUUGCUGGGUUCUGGGUUGUGGAUGGUGGAAAGAUAUGGUGGAUGGCUGGAUACUUCAACCAGUUCUGAUCAUGGGAGUCACUGAAUCACUGAGCGAGCAAGCGAGCAAGUAAGCAAGCGAUCGUACUGCGUCCAGGGCAUCAGAAAUACAUGCAUGGCCCCGUUUCUCUACAAUGCAUGCAUGCAUACCUGUCAGGUCAGAUCUUGGUUCAUCGCACU